AUGACUGAUUUGGGAUGUAAGAAGCCCAGUGACUGCACUGUCUCCAGGCUGCUGAAUGUCGUGGAGAGCGAACUCCAAGCUGGCAGAGACAAAGGGGACCCGACCGAGAAACAACUCCAGGUUGUCUUGGAGGAGGCUGCGCUAUGGCAGAGGUUCAGAGAAGUCACUAACGAGAUGAUUGUGACCAAGAACGGCAGACGGAUGUUCCCGGUUUUAAAGAUCAGUGUGUCAGGUUUGGAUCCCAACGCCAUGUACUCCUUCCUGUUGGACUUUGCCCCGACUGACGGCCACCGCUGGAAGUACGUGAACGGUGAAUGGGUGCCUGCUGGGAAACCAGAGCCACCAAACCACAGCUGCGUCUACAUUCACCCAGACUCUCCCAACUUCGGGGCACACUGGAUGAAAGCCUCUGUUUCCUUCAGCAAAGUGAAACUUACCAACAAGCUCAAUGGAAGCGGGCAGAUAAUGCUGAAUUCCUUGCAUAAAUAUGAGCCUCAGGUUCACAUUGUUCGUGUGGGAGGCCCACACAGGAUGGUGAUGAACUGCUCCUUUCCAGAGACUCAGUUCAUAGCUGUCACUGCUUAUCAAAAUGAAGAGAUAACAGCUCUCAAAAUCAAGUAUAAUCCCUUUGCCAAAGCCUUCCUGGAUGCAAAGGAAAGAAACCAUCCCAAGGAUACUCCUGAAAAUGUUUUGGAAGGUCAACAUAUGACAUAUUCUCACCUAGGUGGCUGGUUGAUUUCCAAUCCAGAUGCAGUGUGUGCAGCAGGAAACUCUAAUUAUCAGUAUGGAGGAGCUUUGUCUCUGCCUGCCCCGCAUUCCCACCAUGGCUGUGAGCAUUAUGCAGCCCUUCAAGGGCAUCGGGCUGCACCAUAUCCUGCUUCGUACAUGCAGAGAAAUCACUCCCCAACAGUGAAUUUGAUCGAGAGCUCAAGCAAUAAUUUGCAGAUGUUUCCAACACACGAUAGCUGGACUUCUUUACAAUCCACUCCACAUGCCAACUUGCUUUCAGUACCACAUGCCAAGGGAACUGCCACUGCGGGUUCUAGCCACUAUCCCUGUCUGUGGACAGUCAGCAACAGUGCCCUUAAUGUUGCCAACCCGGGGAGUGACGUGAAUGGCAGCGCUCCAGGCACGUUCCUGCGAGGUAACAUCCCUUUGCCCACCACAUCUGCCUCGAUUCCUCUGCAGGGAGCAGCUGCCAGCAACAUGGAAACACCAGGGGAACCCACUCUAGCCAGACUAGCUGAUUCUGCCUGGACAUCCUUGCAUUCGUUUUAACAGGUGGGAAGCUCUUCAGGAAUGUUCAGCAGGAUCCAAGCAAGACUGACAGGACAAGAACACCUCCUAUGAUCACAGUACAGAUUGGGGAGGGGACAUGCACACAAGGAACCUAUUUCAGCGAUGCACCAGAUUCCGCGAUAAACCUUGCACUUCUCCAUUUCCAAAGGAGCAAUGAAAGAUUGAGUCAAGAGCCCUAGUGCAAAGGAGGGGGACGAGUUAGAGGGGAGCUGGCUUCUUGUUGUACCAUUCAGUGCUACAGCAGACGAUGACUGAUCCAAGUCUUUAGAGUCAGCUUUGCUUCCAUGUCAAAGCAAAGGGGCCAGGGAUUCAGGUCCCAAUGGAACAGAAGUGGCAGCUGGGUAUUUUAAUGGGAUUUCAAAGGAAUGUGUAUUGUAACUUAGGCCAGUCACAAUUAGGUUGCUGGCAGGGACCUCAUAACAACAACCAGAAACCAUGACAUCCUCAUACAGUCCCUGAGCAGCGUUUUAAAGUGGAACUGCUGCCCAGAAAUGCCCUAGUGUUUUUAAAUACUUGUUUUAUGAAGUUCUUAAAAUUCUUGAAGCUAACUUCUAACUUGGAGGAAAUUGCCUUCUGUCUCCCUAAGACACUCCCCUCUAGUUUCACCUGCGUAGGGUGGUAUUCUUCCCUUCCUCUCCUACAGCUGUUGUGUAGUCUUUGUGUGCUAUAAGAAAACCUAGCAAGGCUGCCAAAAAAUUGGCUGCAUUUCAGCAUUGGUGAAGUGGUUCCUAUACAGAGUUUGUAAAGUGAUGUAAGUUCUUUAAAUGUCAUAUAUUUAUUGUUUUUUUGAGCAAAUAGUUACAAAAGAGAAUAUUAGAAUCUUGCAUUCCAACUUUGCUUCAGGGUGCAGACAGAGUAAAAAUAAACCACAAAUGAAAUGAUUUGGUUUAGUUUUACUGUCUUCACCAAAAUAAUAAUAAUAAUAAUAAUAAUAAAGCACCUCUCUUACUUUAGGGACCUCAGACAAAGUUCAAAACAAUUCAACCAGCAGCAAAUCUCAACCCAGAAAGGAACUGUCUGUUCCCAACUCUGCCCCUGACCUGCUGUAUAACCUUGGGGCAGUCCCUUCCCUUCUCUCGCCUCCUUCCUCAUUUUGCCUGUCAUGUCUAUUUAGAUUGUAACUUCAAGGCAGGGAUUGUCUUACUCUGGCUAUGUACAGUGCCUAGCAAAAUGGGGCUGUGAUCUCGCGUGGGACAUCUAGCUGCUAGUGUACUACUACUAGUUUCCCGCCCCCAGCAGACCGUCUCCCCCCACUUCCCAAACACCAACUUCCAUCAAGUUUCUUCAUACCCCAAAGCCUGCCUAAGGUCUUGCUCCACCCUGAUACCAGCUCUUGGUGUAGAUAGGGAAAGCCACAGCUCAUGCUGUGCCAUUUAUGCUGCUUUCAAGCAGCAGUAAACUGCACCAAACUGAAUUGCAAUGUCCUUGAGUACAGGAGGGGCCUGUAUUUGCGCAGCUGUAGCAAUGCCAGUGAAUGGCUAACCAGGGCAUAUACCCCCUGUAGACAAGGCCUAAGAAGACAGGCCUUGCAGCCGUCCCUGAAGGUCAGCAAAUCUGAGAUACACAGAGAAGAGUGUAGUUAGUUGACUGUCGCUUUAGAGGCGGCCAUCUGUACUAUGGAUAAAAGGAAAGCACGACAGUCCUUAAAUUCUCUUUAAAAACAGUAAUCAAUUCUUGUUGACUAAUGAGAGGUACUGGAUUAACAGCACUGCAGGCUUAAGUCCCCCCUGUAGCUACAUAAGAGGCCAGGGCAGACCAGGCUUCCCCAGGACUACUCCACAUUGGUGUGUCUGCACAAGUGUAUCAACUGGUGUCAAAUAUGAUGGUGAGUCUUCUGUCGACCGUGAAUUGGACUGAAACCAGUCUCAUUCAGGUACCCCAGGGCAACUGUUAGAGUGGAAGCAUUUUCAGUCAGGCUGGCUGGUGUACAACUGACUAAGCUAAAGAUGAAACACUCUGGUACCAACACCCCUGCACUGUCGCCUCCAGAGUCUCUCAAUAUUGCUGAGACAUGUCAUUUCCUCUCAGAACACUGUUCCAGUCAAGGCCAUGCCCCAAUCUGACUCAGCACUGCCAUUAGUUUAUUUGAGGUGGACCCCUUUGCCCUCAGAACUGAAAUCAUCAGGUUGCUUCACUAAGGCCACAAGCCAGCCAUCAGCUAAUGACUCAUCAUUACAAGACACUUGGUCAAACGGGAGCUAAUGACUUUGGUAAAAGGUGAUGAAAUCUGUCACCCCACUCUAGUUUCCUGCAAUUAUCUGCACUUGAAGUGCCGAUGAAUGUUAGUUUUCAUCUUUGUUUUCCAAAUCCUCUUCAAAGCAUGAUAAUUACGUUUCUCAGUGUUGUCCUCUUCUGGUUUGUAGACACUUAAACAAGUGGUUCUGAGCCCUUUUGAUCACUGAAGCAGCCUCCUCUAGGAAUAGGUUUAUUGACUAACUUGUGCUACCCUCUGCUGGCUGUUCAGCUCUCCUUUUACAGCACAAAAGCUACAUUGUGUGGUUAUGGAUAUUGCAGAGGGUAGGGUGACCAGACAGCAAAUGUGAAAAAUCAGGAUGGGGGUAGCGGUUAAUAGGAGCCUAUAUAAGAAAAAGACCCAAAAAUCGGGACUGUCCCUAUAAAAUUGGGACAUUUGGGCACCCGAGCAGAGGGUAAAACCAGUGACUCCACAGUGUUACAGGAUUUGCUGUUUUCCCCAAAUAGUUAGAUGACCAAGGAUGAGUUCACACAUCUUCUAACUUGCUAUUUUUGCCAGAUCCACAUACUGGCUCUUGAGUCAUUGAGCUGUGCUUUGGCUAUGCUGUCACCAUCACAAGAAGUUGUGCAAACUGCAGUUUUAUUUCAUUGAUGUGGAAGCGGGGACAGAAUGCAGUGAACUUCCCCAUAGGUGCGUUAGCGCUACAGGACUGAGAGGAGAAAAAAAUGGAUCAGAGUGAUUACAUACGUAGGCCCACAUCCACAAAAGGUACUUAGGCACCUAAGUCCCAAGGCUGGCUGCACUGUGAUUCACAAAACUCCCACCAAAUCCUGUAGGAGCCUAAACUUACUCAGCCUUUAAAUUGCUGCCUCUGGGCAUGCACAUGGCUGCUUCCUUAUCUCCCAUCUAAGCCCCCAGGACCCUGCAAGGUGGAAGGGUCCCAGUCGAACAUCUGUACCACAAUCAAACAAACCUUUAACCUGAGCCCCACGACCCUGAAUCAGGCAUCAUGGGACUGAGGUGCCAUUUUCUAAAAAAUGUAAUAUUUGGUGGAAGAUAAGACCUGAGCCAAGCAGGGGGUAUUUCUCUUUUACUUGGGAGAUCUGGACAGUUUGUGUAAGGACAUCAGUUUCCCACAGAAUGGAUUUUCCCAGUAGUACCAGCUGGGUUAAAUGUGCCAGCAGGCGAAGUGUGUUAUUCCUCAGGGAAAUAUUGUGCAAAUGGGGAGAGGAUUUUGAAGUGGCACUUGCUCUUAAAGGCAACUCAAGAGGAGAAGAUGAACAGCCACAAUUGGUCAGAACCUGAGGUCUACAUCUUGUCAAGUGUUGCUGAUGCCUGUGUGUGUUCUGCAGACAUUCUGUCUUCUGCCGAGGUACAAAGGGAUGGGUGCCCAGAAUUUCCCAGAAUGCAUUCACCAAACAUAGGCAGGCACGGCAGCAUGAAAAGCAUGGAUAUGGAGCCAUGACUGACACAUUGCUCUGUUGUGGGAACAGCUGUGUGGUGGCACAGUUCAGCCGCGCUUGUUGUAACUGGCUUAGAUGAGCAUGUCAGGACCUGGUUCCAGAAGCGUGGUUGUGUGGCAUAUUGAGGACUGUGUUGAAAUUGCAAGCUAUCACUUUAAGAGCAGGAGGGUUUCCUGGUCCUGCAUCCAGCCUAUGGAGCUCUGUAGGGAAGCAUACGACCAGCAGUCAGUCUGUAGACAGCCAGCCUAGAAUAAGGUGGAGUGAGUUGUGCCUCUCUGUUUUUAGGGAGCAGCCUGCUUUGUCUCCCUGCUCUGGUUUUGGUUUUUGUGUGGUGUUCUGAAUUCUAAGAAAUAAAGUAGUGUUACAUUUCAACUUCCAGCGAGAACAUUUGAUGUUUUUAUCCAACUUCUCUGUGCGGAUGCUGUGAACACAACAGGUUGCACUUGUAUUGUAGCCGGGGCUACAGAGGGAAGGUGUACCUAAUAAAUCAUCUUUGUUUAGCUGCACGGUGCCCUCCACACCAUCCUGGGUCAUCUUCUAAGUAUUGACCAAGAUGGAAAAGCGCCAGCUAUUAAGUCGCCAGCAUCACUUCUAGCAGCACCUUGCUCUCCCCCCGAGCCUGUGACUCACUCAGAGUCCUUGUUUGUAUCAGUUUGUAGUGUGUGCACUGUGCAAGUAUUAACUCAACCAUUGGUGAUUCCUUGUUGCAGCCCUCUGCCCCUUUUCCCACUCUUGAGAGACAUGGCUCAUUAAACCCACACCAUAAGACAUUCAGUUCCUAAGUUCUCAUGUUAAUCAUUUAUUUUCCAAGACUAAACUUUUCUUUUUUGGGGGGUGGUGGGGUGAGACGGUUGAAGCACAUGUUCCCAUGGGCAGAUGAUUAUUUAUUUAGAGUCAGGGAUACCGUGUUUAUUGCAAGUGAGAUGUUUAUUUUAUUCUCCCAGUGUGGAAAUCUCCUAAUUAUCGAUGGAGGACACGUAGAAGGAAACAAAGCGUCGCUAGGAACUCUGCAGUGCCGGAGUGCAGGCAGUGCUUUGUCUGUCCUUAGAAAGUCUCAUUUUUUUACUUUAUACUAUUUGACAGUCUCUCAGCUUACAGUGUAAUAGGGGAAAAGUGGUUCUGUGACGUUUUGGAUUUGCCCAUGACAAACAGGAUACAGAAUGUGCAUGGAAACUAAAAGGCAUUGUGGGGACAGCUGGAAUACCAAAACACCUUGAAUCAGACACUGAGGGAAGCCCUUCCAAAAAGCACUUGUUCUCUUUUUACCACCAAAGGGUCCUGUGGCACCUUAUAGACUAACAGACGUAUUGG